GUUCGACUGCGGUACAAUCUACACACUCCCCUCUGCGCUAAGUAUAACCAGCGGCGCUGGAGAGCAUCCAAGAUGCGAUGUUGCAGUCUUGCAGAGGCCAGUGAGUGAUUCCCAUUAGCCAGAACACAUUGGCUUAUACUGUACACCCACCGACUUACUGUUAAUUAUUUUUUCACCGCACUACAUUUCGGCUUUGGUAACAUUGUAACUGUUCUCUCGUCGUUAUGUUGAUCGUAAUCCAGGAAUUUGACAGCCUACAGAUGUUAGAGUAAUCAGACGGGAAAUGCAUCGGUUAUCCAUCCGAGUAUCGCUGCCAUGUUGGAGGGUAAUACGCUGAAUUGUGGGACGAUUGUGCGGCAGAGUGUUGUGGAUACGUUUACCAAGUAUGAAACGGCACGCUCCGUGCGCUUCCAUUCACCGUGCAUUGCCAUCUGCAAUCGGCUGGUACAAGCCACUAUCAUCGCCUACGUUGUUAUCGUGGUCUUCAUCAUGGAUCGAGGCUACCAGCGCUCAGAGGAGGGCGAGAGCAGUGUCGUGGCGCGGGUGGUCGGACUGCAGCAGUCUCAGCGCGAGAACUUCACCCAUCUGGCCGACCGUGACCCCACCCAGCGGAAAUUGAAGAACAAAGCGCUGGGAUUAACCUGGGACGCGGUGGACACCAUGGUUCCCGCAUUGGAGAACAACGCCCUGUUCAUCACGACGAAGGUGACCGCCACUCCUAAGCAGACACACGGGAUCUGCGCCGAGGAUAAAUUCACCGGUGCAGAUUGUACGGGCGAUUCAGACUGCGAAAUCGGCCGGUCCAUCCAUCUGGGCCACGGGUUACUCAACGGCCACUGCAAUCUGACCACCCACACCUGUAAUGUACAUGCGUGGUGCCCGUUGGAGAACGAGACGUCCAGUACGACCACACUGACUGGAAGCGAACAUCUCACCCUUCUUGUUAAAAACUACAUUGUCUUCCCCAAGUUUCGCGUUAGAAGGAGGAACUUCGGGGAUUUGGAUGAUAGCUACGUGAGCAACUGCGUAUUUAAUAACGCCACCGACCCGCAAUGUCCGGCAUUUAAUCUGGGAUACAUCAUCCGGUUAGCGGGAGAGGAUUACGAUGAAAUGGCGCGCCAUGGAGCCAUCUUGAGUUUCGGGAUCAAAUGGGACUGCGAUCUGGACUUCCACAUUCACCACUGCACGCCCAAGUAUUUCUUCCGCCGGCUCGAUCCACGCGAGGGUGUUAUCGUACCGGGAUGGAAUUACCGCCGCAGUGGAUAUUGGAAAGAAGAAGGCGUCUUCACGCGCUAUUUGUACAAACACACCGGCAUCCGGAUCGUCUUCAACGUGUACGCCGUGGCCAGAAAGUUCAGCUAUGUACAGACCACCAUCAACCUCGGUUCCGGUCUGGGUUUGCUGGGCGUGACAACGAUUUUGUGCGAUUUCAUGCUGUAUCACUGUGCGAGUCCCCAGAAGCGCCUCUUUCGAGCCAAUGCCACCAUGGUGGAUGUUGACAAAGAUACUGACGACAGGUCUUGAGGGAAAGAUGUGCUGCCCGGAAAAAAAAACGGGAAAGACAGCAGAUGCAUAGAACGUUCCAGAAUUAAUUAGCGUCUCAUUGUUAAGGACUACUUUUAAUGUCCCGUGAAUAUUUGUUUUGGCGCUUUUCCAGCUUUUGCUCAUGUACUACAUGUAAGUUAAUUGUUGCACAAAUCUAGCGUUUUCUAUGGCGCUUACAUAUUGUUAUUGGUUUCCUUCUAUGUAAGAAUUCCGGCAUCACGAAAUAAGCCCAAGCACUCUGUAAAUGCCGGUCGUUAUUGUCUGCAUGGCUAAGAAGAACAACCUCAACAUGUACGUACGAGAAACGCU